GCUUGUUGAAAAGAAAGAGAUGCUUUCCUGAAAGACUUGGAGUAGCUCUCCUCUGCGCGAAGCUCACCGUUUUGGGGCUUGGCAGUGAGUGAUGACUACAGCACGGGCAACUCAAGUCUAGCUUUAGCAUUCUGGCACACAUACACACACACACUGAAAAACACAGAAAGAGAGAGAGAGAGAGAGAGAGACAGUGGAUGUCACAAAUCAACCGUGGCAAGUGCAGUUUUUCGACUUGGAAGAAGCAGGAUAAUGCUAAUGAGUUAAAAGAAGAGAUCAGCUUCAUAUGGAUUUAUCUGUCUGAUUGUAAUCUGAUGUGAUCCUACUUGUUUUGGAAGAUCACACAUUGCACAACAGGAUCUGAAUUGCACCUAUCCUGCUUGAACAAAAAUCAAUUUGCUGGGACUUUGCAUUCGGAAAGAACUGAUGUUAAAGUUUGUGCAUCUUGUUUUUAAUCUUUAAUCAAGAAAAAGGAAAGAAAAACAACUAAUGGCUAUCAAACAUUUUAAUUGUACUCAUAAAGAGUGCACUUAGGUAGCUCACUCACUUCGGAGCGUCAAUACAAUACCUGGAUUACCCUUUUGACUGCCUAGUGAACCCGUGUGAAAUCACCGCGGAGGAGGUACGGCGGGGGGCCGAGCGGGUGGGAGCUGCAUUCCUCCACUGGAAUCCAACAUCCUGACUGCCGCUACAAGCCGAUCGGAUACAAACGCUGUAGGGACAGGAGUGGAACCACCCUUCACGGUCUGGGUCAAAGGGAUUGGCAGAAGAAUGCUGGCGCCAGGUGCCCAGGGGCAGGAUGGCGUUGUGUUGGCAGAGAGCUGCAGUUGUUAGAUGGUUCCUCUUGAUGCUCCUGUGGCACUGGGCACCUCUGGGCCCACUGAGCUGGUUUCUGGCUCUGGCUGAGCGUCUGGACCAGAAGACCUCACCGUUUUCUUCCAUCUCCGGCCGGAGCAGCGGCCAGCUGGACUGGCUCCUGUCUGAUAAAGGGCCCUUCCAUCGCUGUCCAGAAUACACCGAGUUCAAAGAACGCUUCCAGCAAGGCUUCUCCACACGCUAUAAAAUCUACAGGGAGUUUAGUCACUGGAAAGUCAACAGCUUGGUGACAGAGAAGAGAGACUUCUUCAAAGCCCCGCUGCCUUUGGCGCCCGAGUUUUUACGCAACCUCAGGCUUCUGGGGAGAAGGCCGAGCCUUCAGCAGAUUCAUGAAAAUCUGAUCAAGAAAUAUGGCACUCAUUUCUUGGUAUCAGCCACAUUGGGAGGGGAGGAAUCACUCACGAUCUUCUUGGACAAACAGAAGCUGAGCAAAAAGUCAGAGGGCAACGGAAACAGCUCCGUGGUCUCCCUAGAAAUCUUGCACCAGUUGGCGGCGUCAUACUUCACAGACAGAGAGAGCACCCUGCGAAGACUCCACCACCUGCAGAUCGCUACAUCUGCCAUCAAGGUAACAGAGACCAGAACGGGGCCUCUUGGAUGCAGUAACUACGACAGCCUGGAUUCCGUCAGCUCUGUCUUAGUGCACAGCCCAGAAAAUAAAAUCCAUCUGAAAGGUCUACAGGAUGUGCUUCCUGAGUUUCUGCGGAAUCGUUUUGUGGAGGCGGCGCUCAGUUACGUGGCGUGUAAUUCAGAGGGCGAGCUACUGUGCCGCAACAAUGACUGCUGGUGCCGCUGCUCCGCAAAGUUCCCUGAUUGUAACUGCCCCUUUGCAGACAUCAAAGCUAUGGAGGAGAGUCUGCGUAAGAGCAAAGAGUCCUGGGUCAACCUCAACAAUGACUUCAUGGAGUCAGAUGAGUUCAAGGCCUUUCUCAAGAAAUUGCCAACAGAUCAUUUUGUAAACACCUCUGCCGUCUUAAAGUUCUGGACAUCAGAUCUGGUCCUGCAGAGACGUUAUGGUCUGCUGGAGGCGAGCACUAAAGUGGUGCUGGGAAAAGCCAUCAAGAUAGUGCGCAAACUCUUCGCUCUCAGCAAGCGCUGUCCCACACAGCCAAAGAUCAGCCUGCCUAGAGAAAGGACUCUGGGUUUUUGGCUCAACAAAGCCCAGUCUCUGUUGUACUGCAGCGAGCAUGGUGUGCACGGCACCUUCUCUGAAGAACUGCAGGGCUGCAUCUGCGCCGCAGAGCAACGCGCUGUCUGCCAGGGCACCGUGCCAUGUAGGGUGGGUGAGGGGACCCUCUGCUCAUCCUGCGCCCCGGACAACAUCACCCGCUGUGGCACAUGCCUCCCAGGCAGCAUCCUCCAUAUGGGCUUCUGCCGCCCCAACAUCGCCAACUCUUUGGACCACUACGUCAACUUUGACUUUGACAUGCCGGACGCAGAGAUGCGUUACCUCCUCCAAAGGCUCGAUAGCCGCAUGGAGGUCCACGCCAUCUACAUCAGCAACGACGUGCGCCUAGGCAGCUGGUUCAACCCGGCGUGGAGGAAGCGCAUGCUGCUCACCCUCAAGAGCAACAAGAACAAGUCCAACCUCAUCCACAUGCUGAUGGGGAUCUCUUUCCAGAUCUGUUCCACCAAGAACAGCACGCUGGAACCCGUGCCUGCUAUCUAUGUCAACCCCUUCGGGGGCAGCCACUCGGAGAGCUGGUUUAUGCCAGUCAACCAGCAGGACUUCCCAGACUGGGAAAGAACUAAAUUGGAUGCCUCACUCCAGUGCUACAACUGGACCCUCGCUCUUGGCAGCAAAUGGAAGUCCUUCUUCGAAACGGUGCACAUCUACCUGCGCAGUCGCAUCAUCACUGACGAUCCUUCCGUCAACGAGACGCUUUUUUACGAGCCGCUGGACCUGGAUGACCACUCGGCCAACCUGGGCUACAUGAAAAUCAACAGUCUGAAGGUCUUUGGCUACAGCAUGCACUUUGAUCCAGAGGGGAUCAAGGACCUGAUCCUGCAGCUGGACUACCCGUACACGCAGGGAUCCCAGGAUGCGGCCUUCCUGAUGCUUCUGGAGAUGAGGGACCGCAUCAACCGGCUCUCUCCGCCGGGAGCCCAGCCGCUGGACCUCUUCUCCUGCCUGCUGAGGCACAGGCUCAAGCUUUCGUCUAGCGAGGUGGUGCGCAUACGGGAAGCGCUCCAGAGUUUUAACGCCAAGCUCCCCAACUCCACAGAGCCAGAACUCAGCCAGCUGUGCAGCUAGCUCAAAUGAGCCUCUGUUGCUCAUUUUUGCCUGCCUCUGAGAAUGUAUUUGUAAAUGUGAUGAGAGAGAAAGAGAAAAGAAAUUUAUUGUCAGUGUGCGUGUAAAUGUUUGUGGAUGAGAUUGUCUUUGAACCCUCUUCCUUUGGGCGGCAAUUGUAAGAAGCAGAAUUUUUGAUUGUAACAGAUACUGGAGCAUACCGUGUGGAAGCCGUACGUUGCCAGAAUAUUCCCUUGCUGGGAAACCCUUGUUGGAUCUAGCCUACAGUCAAAUCUACUUAGUGUCUUUGAGUAAGGGUUCCUUUUGAGACAAUGGACUGCCUACACGAUCCAUGAAAAAGAACAUUUUAAGUCAGAAUAUAUACCUACGGUUUCUUAGCACGCAGAUGUGCUGGUGCUGUAGUUAUCCUUGGUGAUGUCAUUGUUCGAGAUGGAGAAUGGACAAUAAGAAGUCCAUUCCGAUGUAAAGUAUCGGAGCACAGUGGUCCAACAGUUAUAACAAUCAGCAAAGAUUCAAAUUCGUGCUUUUCUAUUUUAUCUGGAUUUGCAAAUCCUGUAUUGUGAGAUCUGUAUAUCUGUAUUUAAUGUGGGAUUGAAUUGCCAGAAUGUUGGAUAUGAAUUCCUUUGUAUUCAGAGAUAUGGCUAAACCAAAAGGUGAACAUGAGAGCAAACUGAAUGGCGAAAUUUCUUUACAGUUUUUUUUAAUGUUUAUUGAAAUCUCUUUUGAGAAGGCAACCUUAAGGUUACGGUACAUGCUUACUAUAUUGUUUUGAAAAGGUUUGUUGGCCGCUUUGUAAAUACUGCUCAUCUCAUUCGAAACGUGAAAAGCUUCACAUUGCUUCUUGGAUAUAUACUGAUAAACACAUGUAUUUGUACUUUUUGAAAGUGCAAAGACCAAAAAGAAAAGAAAAAACACACACUUUAACACAAAACAACUGCCUUAUGAAGUGAAGUCUCUGUUCUGAUAUCAAAGCACACUUGGCUGUAUGUCUCUCUCUUUAAGAAAAAACACUUUUUUCUCUUUCUUUUUUUUCCUCUAUACUAAAUUCUGAUUUCAGUUACAGUGACCUCUAAUCUGUAAAUGUCAAUUUUUAAUUGAAGUAUUAUAUGAGGAGUGCAUUGUGUCAUCUAUGUGCAAAUACAGAGUUACAUUUACAUCACUUGAUUCAAUAGCUUUGUUUUUUUUCACAGCAUUUUCCUGAUUUUCUAUUAGACACUUGAUGAUGUGACGAGGCAUAACUGUAAUACAUGAAUUCAUUUUAGUAUCUCUACAUCUAGAGGCAAUUAUUUCCACUCAGCAUUUAAUAACUGUACAUGUACUGCUUAAGUGUUCUUGAUUAAGUUGCUUAAGUUGUUUGUCAACACAAACAGCCACAGAAUUACAGCCUUUGACAACACAGAGCAUUUAUUACUGCUUUUUAUAUAAAACUGGAAUGUGUGGAAAUGUCUUUGAAAAUUGCAUAUAUGCAUCAACAUAAAAAAAACGAUCAGUUUUCUGUCAAGAUAAGAUGGAUCGCUCAAUAUACGAGGAGCAACUUUUACAGUGCGAGGUAAAAAAACUGAAUAAAAAAGUGCAAUUUAUGCUGUUGUCAUGGAGAGCUGUAGGACCUUCACGAUAUAUAUGUGACUCGAAUGCAAAGGGGGAAAAACAUUCUCACUAAAUUCAGAAGAUGGAAAUCACAGUCUGUAAAUAUGAGCUGUUUAUCUUAAUGUCUAACACAGGAAUCGGUUUUCACCCUUCAACAAAUUGUCAAGACAGUGAAGGGCGUUGAAUCAAUCACAACAGCACUAUGUAAACUGGCAUAGCCUCCCUCUUAAGAAGGCAUAAACUAUCUGAAUAUUUCUGUAUUUUAUGAUUUAUUAUGACUAAAAUGCCUGAAUUUACGUUUUUUUUUUUUUUUUUUUUUUUGAGAAACACUUUAUAAUAACUUAAAUGAAUUCAUAAACAAAAAUGAAAUGAAGUCUUAAACAAAAUAUUUACAUAUAUACUGUACACUACUGUUCAAAAGUGUGGGGUUGGUAAGAUUUUUUUAAUGUUUUUGAAAGAAGUCUCUUCUGCUCACCAAGGCUGCAUUUAUUUGAUCGAAAAUACAGUAAAAUACAUUGUGAAAUAUUAAAAAAAAAAACAGUUUUCUGUUUUAAUAUACUGUAUUUCAAAAAGUCAUUAAUUCCUGUGAUGGCAGUCUUCAGUGUCCUUCAGAAAUCAUUCUAAUAUGCUGAUUUGAUGCUCAAGAGACUUUUCUUAUUAUUAUCAGUGUUUUAAAAAAAGUUGUGCUGCUUAAUAUUUUUGUGGAAACCGUGAUAUUGUUUUCCCUAGGAUUCAACAUAAUUUGUCUGAAAUGGAAAUCCUUUGUAACACUGUAAAUGUAUUUACUGUCACUAUUAAAUGAAUGCGUCCUUGCCUAAAUAAAAGUAUUAAUUUCUGUUACUGACCCCAAACUUCUGAACUGUAGCGUAUAGUUAUGAAUAUUGGUAACAUUUUACAAUAAGGUUCAUUAGUUAACAUGAACUAAUAAUGAACUGCACUUCUACAGCAUUUAUUAACCUUUGUUAAUGUUAUUUUCAACAUUUAUUAAUACAUUAUUAAAAUCUUGUUAACAUUAGUUAAUGCAAUGUGAACUAACAUGAACAAACAAUGAACAACAGUAUUUUCAUUAACUAAUGUUAACGAAGAUUAACUACAGUAACACAUGUAUUGCUCAUGGUUAGUUCAUGUUAGUUAAUACAUUAACUAAUGAACCUUAUUGUAAAGUGUUACCUGAAUAUUAAAUUAAUAUGUACAAUAACCAGUUUUAACAAGUGAAGCAUAUAGGCCUGGUGUACUAUUUAAAAAUGUAUAAAAAGUUAUUGAAUAGUGUCACCUUUUUAUCUCAUGGAUAUGUGAGAUAUAAAUCUUGAGUCAAUAUCUCACUGUUUUGUAUUUGGAGUUUAGAAAUUUUUGUUUGUUUUUUUAUCCUCCAAUCUAAUAUAUUUCUGAUUAAAAUAGCUCCAGCCAUCAUGGUCUCAUUCUUGUUUAUGUGCACAGUUGACUGAGAAAGCUAUUAGAUUUUUCUGUGCAAAGGCAUGAGAUGAAAAUUAUUUACCAAGGCUCUGACCAUCUACUGAAUGUAUGUAUUGUAAUACACUCUCAUUUCAAAGUGAACGUACUUAUAUGUCUAAUCCAGCCAUUUUUGUGAUUCCAGAUUUUACUAUUUAAAGGGAAAGUUCACCCAAAAAUGAAAAUUUUGUCAUUAUUUAUUCACUCUCAAGUUGUUCUAAACCUGUAUAAAUUUCUUUGUUCUGCUGAACACAAAGGGAGAUAUUUGGAAGAAUGUUUGUAACCAAGCAGAUCUCGCCCCCCAUUGACUACCACAGUAGGAAAAAAAAAUACUACGGUAGUCAAUGGGGGGCGAGAUCUGCUUGGUUACAAAGAUUCUUCCAAAAUAUCUUCCUUUGUGUUCAGCAGAACAAAGCAAUGAGGUUAAGUAAAUGACCAUUUUUGGGUGAACUAUCCUUUUAAGUUUAACUUUAGCACAUAUACCCCCGGUUUCACAGACAAGGCUUAAGCUAGUCCUAGACUAAAAUGCGUGUUUGAGUUGUUUUAACUGAAAUCAACAGAUCUUAAAAUAUGUCAGUGCCAUUGUUUUGUCUCAAGAUGCACACCAGUAAUGUUAUUUUCUAGUGUAUGUUUAUAAAAGCUACUUAAAUAUCCUAAUUAAAAUAGGACUUAAUCCUAGCUUAGGCUGUCUGUGAAACCGGGCCUUGAUGUUAACUUGCAGCCAAUACUCUGCUUUUGAAGCAUUGUACAUUUACGAUCAACACAAGGCAGACAAGCUCUCAGAUUCUUUACUGUAACAGUUACAACAAGCAGCCUUGUUUUUUGAUUUCUUUGGGAAUUCACCAAGGGUGUUAUUCUGAUUCUGCUUUUCAGAUACACAAGAUUCUGCUUUUCUGGAAACAUGUAAAAAUGUGACCUACUUUCAGGCUUUCUCUGCACGCCAUUUCAGUGACUUGAAAAUAAAACGGGAGAUUUUUCAGAAAAAAAAAAACGUUUGAAAAGCAGUCCUCAUUAGCAUUCUUUGAAAAAAAUGCUCUAAUGUGCACAGUAAUGCUGCAGGAAAGGGGCAAAAAACAAUUAUUUGUAGUGAAAUCAUUGCAUUAAUUAAUUUCAGCCUGUAGUUAUUUACUGAGCAUGCUCUGAAACAAAAUGGCAUGUUGUCAAGCGAAUCCAGCUCCUGGAGUUUGAGGUAUCCGCUGAGUCAACUUAAAUACGUCUGAAUGCUAUUUUAGGACAUUUCAGCUCUGUUCUUGAUUUGGGUCGCAAUCAGUUUUCCCCAUCCUGUCUUUAAAGUACACUUCUGUGCUGCAGACACACAUAUAUCUGUAUGAGUACAGUGGUGACGAAUUCAUUAUGCCUGUACAUACAGCAAUUUUAUGAAUAAUGUUCAAAUAAGAUUCAAUCUCAGAGGGGUCAGCCCAGGGUCCUGCCUUCAGCCUCCAUGUAUUGCCAUAGUGGGACAUAUGGGAUACUUUUUUUUUUUUUUUUUGAGAGGUAUCAAUGUCCAGAACCAAAGUGCUGAAUGUAAAUAGUCUGACUGCAUCCAUUUCUAUGAGAGACAAUAUAGCUCAGUUACGAGCAUGAAAUAUUGUAGAGGGGAUUCUGUAUGUGUCGUAUGAUUCGGUACAGAGUCAGAUAUGGACAGGUGUGGCCAUAAUAUUAUCUUUAUACUCUUAAGAUCAUUUCUCUCUCUCUCUCUCAAUGUUUUAACAAGAUGUAAAUGUUCUUAUAUGAAUUAAUAAAAGGAAAAAGCAAUCCUUUCCCCA